AUGAUCAUCGGUGGUUCUCUUUCGCUUCUCUUUGUCUUGGUUUUUCUGUCAAACCUUUCCACAGGUAAGUAAAACGGCAUUUAUCGAUCACAUUUUAAGUUAGCAACUGAUAAUUUGAUUGCCAGAUUAUCCCAAAAUUCUACCCAACGUUUAGCCGAAUUGGUAGAGAUGCCGAUAAAUUUUGCGAUCGGCUUGAAAUUUAGUAGCUCAGGUUCUGACUGCGUAGUAAUCAAGGCCAAUUUAACCGGAAAAACGAUAAUAGAAAGCACCUUAAUUAUAUCAGCCAAGAGGAUUUUAAAAUCCUUAGUUCUGAUAAAAUUUUGUCUAAAAUCCAGUCUGUCCUGGUUCUGACUAUAUUUCAACCCAAAGUUGAAUAAAAUGUGAUUCCAAUUACACUCACGAUAGCUCGGUUUAGUAACGCUUCUUGAUUUAUGAAGAAAAAGUAAUAAGUUAUGGCAAUUUUUCAGUCAUUUCCGAGAUCGAUUUCAAUGGCUUUGCAUGCUUCUAUUGUCGAUCAUUGUCUGUUUCAUCCACCUCUGAUUGGUUAAUUUUAUGCCUUGCUUCAGUUUUUAUUUGCCAAUGAGUGUUUUUUUCGGUGUACGAGUCCAGCUUCACUUGGUACUAGAAUUGUUUCCUGCUAUCAGCGUCGCUUAUGUAGGAAGAUCGAAGGAGACUCUUCUGUUCGCAGGGUACAGUAAUUGAAAAAUCUGGCCUACAUUUCAGGUGAUGGUUUGUGUUCUAAGAAUAAAUUCUCGUGUGACGUCAGUAAAUGCAUUAGCAAAGGACAACUUUGUGACGGUCAAUUGAAUUGCAAGGAUCGCUCCGAUGAACUCAAUUGUGGUAAGUAUGUUUAAACCUCAGUCCAACCUCUUCAACCAGGGUUAGAGAUCCCUCCGUAUAUAUUCCUGACAUCUGUCUACUGUAUUAUCGAUGACAAACUUCACCUGACGCAUUCCCUACGUCUGUACUAAUUCUGAGUUCGGUGUAAUAAUUUUUCGCUGCUCUAUGUUUAAUAUAUAAGCAACUAGAAGUUAACUAACUAAACAUUUCAUCUUGAAAGUAAAAAAGUACCCAUUAAAUUGUUUGAAAACCCAAACUGCGGAAUCGUCGGACGCGAAGAAUGAAAAAGAAAAGAUUCUUUUAUAGCUACUAUUUUUAUCUAUAAAAACUAGCUUGAACAAGAGAUCUCAUACGGUACUUCCUUGCCCAUAUUUUCACUUGACGGUAAGCGAAUUAAAUCCCUCCAACAGACGGAUUGAAAAGUGGAAACACAUCCUUUGAUCGUUGUGGAAUAUUACCCACAUCAAAACAGAAACAAGUUAAAAUUCUUUACUUCAGGCUUACGUAAGACCGGCCAAAUACGUCUACUAGCUUGAGUAUUUGAACGUCUCUUUCAGCAAUGAUAGUCGUCAGAGCUUUUCCCUUAGUAAAUUCUUGAAACGAGAUUGAUCAUGUGGUUGUGCUAAAUAAUGUGUUGUAUAUGUUUGGCUAAAAGUGUUAGUUUUAAGCGACCCUCCCUUCCUCUCCAAAGCGUCUACUUCAAAUGCAAAUUUAAAAAAAUCGACCAUAUGCAUGGCUUGCCUUAUAAGCAGACUUGGGGAUCCACUUUUUUUAUCCGCAAUAAAAGUUGGUUGGCUCACCCUCGUUCCUAGCGUCUCUAAACCCAGGCCUGGUUGGAGAUAGGGACUGUUAAGUUCUGUCGAGUUCCCGAUGUUCUCAUCUUUUCUCUACUCUUUAGUCUACCCCUAAUCGCCUUAGCUUCAUUUUCUACCCCCAUAUCAAAACCUCAAUUAAUAACCGAAUAUUCUGCCUUUUGCACCACAGAUAUAACAACGCAAAAUACCACCAAUAUUACCAAACUAGUUAACGAAACUUCAUCGCUUAUAUCAGUCAGUAAGUACAUAACUACAUCGCCGUCCAGUCAGCCUAGCAAUUCCAAGAACACCGUUUCACCUACCCCAACCAGAUGGGAAAAGGCAAAGAAAUUUCUAAAGAAAAAG